AUGGCCGACGAAACCCAAGAUUGUGCGAAACGAGAACAGUUGGUCAUUGCAAUUCGUUACGUUGACACAAAAAAUGUGCCAAAAAUUAUCAAAGAAGAACCGGUCGCAAUUUUAGACCUGAUUGCAGACAUAAAAAGCAGUGACCAAUCAGAUGAAACAGAGCACAAUGAAAUUAAGCUAUGUGGCAAGGCAAUAGGGGAGACUCUACUCCGCCAUAUAAGUGAGCUUGGGUUGGAUUUGCAGUACCUCGUUGGUCAAGGAUAUGAUGGUGCUGCAUCGAUGUCCAGUGAGCGAGUUGGUGUUUGCUCCUUUAUCAAAUCUGCUGCGCCACUCGCUGACUACUUCCACUGCUGCAUGCACGCGCUAAAUCUAAGUUGUUCUCGAGCCGCAAAGAUACCAGCAAUCAGACAUUGCAUGGAUGACAUCAAAGAUAUCAACAAUUUCUUCAAGCAUGCGAAAAGAAACAGCUAUUUGCAAGCAGUCAUAGCACGAGAAUCAAUUGAAGAGCUUCAGCGACGGCAGUUGGUGACCCUCUGUGAAACAAGAUUUGUCGAAAGUCAUGAAUCAGUUUUGGUUGCACGACAGCUUUUGCCUUACAUCGUUGUGUGCUUGGAGGAAAUGCUCGCUUGGGACUCAUUAGAUACAAGAAAAGAUGCCAGGAGAUUGUUAAAAAGUUUGCAAGACCCUCAGUUCCUUGUAGCGCUAGUAUUGGCCGAGAAAGUGUCUGCUGUACUUCGCCCAGUGUCCCGUUCUUUGCAACAAAUUGGUAGCGAUCUUGUGAAAGCAAUGUCGACGAUUUCUGCGACACAGUCAAAGCUUUACACGUGGCGUAAAGGUGAAGAAAAUGAGUUUGCUUCGAUGUUUGAAGAGGCAAUGCUUCUUGGCGAAAAUAUUGGAGUGACCAGAGAAGAGAUGCACGCAAUUCCUCGAGCAGUCAGUCAAUCCAGGUUCAGAUCAAAUGCAGGUGAAGCCAAUCAAAAAGCCAUUGAUUAUUAUCGUAUCAAUGUGUUUUUACCUCUUCUUGAUGAAGUGGCUGGAGAUAUGAAAGCAAGAUUUGGUCCCCAUCAGCAGAAGAUUGCGACGCUUACAAGAAUUCUGCCUUGUUUCGUCAAAGAAUCAACUUGGCAAGAUAUUUUGCCUGCAGCACUAAAAUACGGAGUCUUUUUAGACCCCUUGUCCAUUGUUGAAGGAGAGUAUGAAAUUUGGAAGCAGCAAUGGCUGUCACGUGGAACAAGUACAGUAGCAAAUACCGCUAUCGGCGCUUUAGGCGACUGCCAAGGUGAUGUAUUUCCUAAUUUGCAUACAUUACUCAACAUUCUCACUGUGCUACCGGUGACAACAGCAGAACCCGAACGACUAUUUUCUAAACUGAAUAGUACCCUGACAGCAAUUCGGUCAACAAUGUCUGAGGAGAGAUUAGAAUCCCUACUUCUUCUGCAAGUUCACCGUGACAGAACACCAACGAGCGAUAAACUCAUUGACUCAUUCGCAGCAUUAAAAUCAAGACGAAUCCCAUUAAAGCUGUAA